AUGGAGACUGAGGAGAAGCUUCAGGAAAUUGAGCUUGGGGGUGAUGUAGAUUUUGCCGAGAGAGAGAGUGUUGCACAUGAGAGAAUCGAUGAGUUGAAUCACAAGGAGAGAGAGCUUGAGGUGCGGGAGCGUCAGCUCCAAGAGGUUUUGCAUGAGAAGAUUGUGGAGCAGCGCUUGCGUGAGCUCCAGGGUCAAAAUACUACUUAUUCGUCCGGCUUUGCGAGUUACGAGGCCGCCGCUCCGUCGCCACAGGGUUUUGCUCAGAACAUGAUGUCCCCGGGCUUUUUCACACCUGCUUAUGUCAACCCGGGUUUCGUCUCACCUAUUCCGUCUCAGGGUGCUGGCUCACCCAACUUGCAGAUUCUUCCGACUUUUGAUGGCACAAGAAAGGGUCUGACUGCACGGUCCUGGCUGGUGACGGACCUUGAGCAGGUCCGUGCCUUGUACAAUCUUUCGGACCAGAAGAUGACCCCAUUAGCUCGUCUGCGGUGUAUUGGCAAAGCCCGUGACUGGGCAGAGAUUCAACCUGAGCAUCAAUCUUGGGAGGAGUUCAAGUCCGCAUUUCUGCUUGAGUAUGGUGAAAAGAAUCAGAACAAACUCUUCUUUGAGAUGAUCAAUCACACCCAGGAUGACUCUUCUGUUGGUGAAUACGCAACCACAAUGCAGCGCUACUUUCGUCAGUUGACAAACGUGACCCCGGAAAAGCAAAAGGAAUACUUCGUCAGAAACUUAAAAAUGGGUCUUCGUGAGAGUGUGUUUGCUGCCAGUCCGUCGUCCCUAGCACAGGCUAUUGAGAUUGCUCGUCGCGUUGAGGACAUGUAUGCAGCUUUGCCCGGCAAGCAGGAAGAGCCCGGCACUGAAAUCCGUCGCCCACCGGAGGAGAUCGUUGCGUUCACUGACGAUGAAUCUGACGCCUCGUCUGACUCGUCUGGUUACGAAAGCUCUGACACAGAAUCUCAAAACUCUGAUCAAGAGAUCUUUGCAGGAAAGAGAAGGCGAGAACCAGAGCCAAGGCGUGAAGCGGAGGCACCGGGUGGCGCGAAAGCGCAGAAACGUGACGUCAACCAGCUUCCUCGCAAGCGUGAAGCCGUAAAACCCGUCUUAAAUCCUCUUUCUGCAGAAGAGAAGCAAAAACGGAAGAAGACGCGUGAGCGCAACCGGGAGAUCAAUCGCGAGACCAACCUCGGAAUCAUCCGUUCACUGCUUAAGGGUGUUCAACAAGAUAUUGCCGCUCAUCGUAACCUGAAACAUUUCCGCACAGAUCUGCAUCACCACAUCGACAAGAUUCUCUUCCACAACCGGGAGGAGAAGAAGGCCGUCCGUCCGCCGAAAGUGGACAAGUCGUCAAGAGAUGUCUGUCGUAGCACAAAGCAUGUGAAGUUCUUCUGGGCGGGGAAAACCAUCCUAACUCCUUUGUUGCAUGAGACGUCUGAUGAUGACGUCAAAGUCCACUACCAGCAGAACGCUAUUUCGGCUAUUCUUGGAAUGCGGAAUCCUAAGUACAGGCAAGAACAAGUCAUCGAGUAUGCUUCCCGCACACUUACAAAACAAGAACAGCGCCUGCUGCGACCGAGGGAGAGCUUCUCGCGGUCACUUUCGGCCUUCGUCGCUUUUCCGUUUAUCUUCGAGGGCGUCCGGAAUUCUGUUCAGAACAUGGCCUCGUUUGGCUUGGAUCAGCAUAUGAGAUCGUCAUCGUCAAGUCCAUCGUCGUCUCGUCACCCGUCACCCGCUUCGGGAAAGCGGAAAUCGUCCUCUCAAGAUCUUAGCGACAUGGAAGAUGUAGUACCAGUUGCACCAGUUCCGGUUCCGCCAUUACCAGUGGUCGUCCCUGUUCAUCCUCAACAGCAGAAUCUGCCCGUCUACCAACGUGAUCCUGACAACUGGGGCCGCUUCCCUGUUGUGCGGGACAUGUUCAACGCCCUCUUUCAUAUCGUCCUCAUUCUUGGGUCUACCUCCUCUUGUCCGCCAUCCAUUUUUGGGAUGACCUCAGUCGGCCGGACCAAGUAACACUGGAGCAGCACGUUGUCAAGAGUCUUUGGGGAAAUGAGAGGUAUCAGCAGUGUCGUCAGAGGGACCCUCAGCUUGCAGUUUACCUCGACUGCCUAGAGGGAAUGUUACAGGGUGAGCUCGCCUACGAAGUUGACGAGCUCAUUGCCAGUGUAGAGUUUCAUUGUCCCUCUCCCCCAAAGCAGGAGUUUGGUGUCUGGCUGGAUCGUCUCAAGCCGGAAUACACGGAAAAGAAAAUUAGAGACGACCUCGUCUACUUCUGGUUACGGUUGGAAAAGCUACCCCGUUCUCCUAUCCUCCUUCCUACCCACAUCUUCCCUCCAGAUCAAGUGCUCAAUCUCGGAGCACCUCCGCCUCCUCCAAAUCCUCCAGCUGGUAGAGCGUUAAGAGAGGAACGGGUAGCGGCAGGGAUUUCGUCCCAAGCGCAAGCUGCGCUGCAGAGAAUUGACUCGUCGAAUCCUCCCCCUCGUCCUCGUCAACCGGCAGUGCCUUCGUUUGUUGCCCCUUCGUCUGUUGUGCUUCCUGCACAACAACCAUCGUCUUCGUCUUUUGUGCCUCUGGCACAAACCUCGUCACUUUCGUCUCCUUCGUCCCCGGCUGCACAGCCACCGUCCCUAUCGUCUUUUGGCUGCGCGCCGGCUCUCUCCUCGUCUUUACCUGCGUC